AUGGGAGUUGCUCAUCGGUAUGGGUUCAAGUUUCUUCUCGACUUGGCUAUGGAUAUCGAUAACAAGUCUAACACGAAAAUCGAUAAAAGUAAAAAAAAAGCGAUGAGAAAUGCAAAAGGGGACAUGAACGUGAAGGAAAAAGAGUAUAACGGAGUGAAACAACAUCUAGAUUCGUUCGAAGUAGUCUUGCAAGUCAUGAGCCGAUUUAAAACUAGCACUAUCAUCCCAGCUCAGUCACAUAGAUCUCCCUGCUCUGCUGAAUGGUGCUUGUUUCGUGACAACGAGAUGAAGAAAGCUGGGGUCUUCAAGUCUACACCACUUCGAUGUGCCACAUGUUCCGAGGUGAGUCACGCAGUGUGCUCGGGCUUGUGGUCGGAAGAUGAUUGGGAGUUGUUGAGCCAAGUGGAACCGGAUAUGGACUGCUUGCGAUGCUGUGGGAGGAAAGGAGCUAUGAUUGAAGAAGAUGCAAGAAAAGUAGAAAGGGAAAUGAGGGAAAAGUUGGAAGAAUUGAAGAGAGAGUUGGAAGUAGCACAGGAAAACUACAGAAUGUUGAUGACGGCAGUGAAUGGGGAAGGAGAAAAAAGGGAAGAAUUGGAGAAGGCAUGGGGAGACUGUGGAGCAGAUAUGUCAGCGUGGCAACAGAAUUUCACUGGAAAUCACCAUGAAGUUGUUGCAAGAAGAAGCUGUCAAUCACUACACUUCAGUUUUUCCGCCUACUGA